AUGGGCUACUCUUACCACUCUCCUCCUCCACCAUCACCAUCACCACCACCACCUCCACCGCCGCCAACUCCCUCAUCACAGCCACCUCAAUAUGGCUAUCAUAAACCACCCCCUCCGCCAGUCCCGGCAUCGCCGCCUCAAAAAGGCACUUACCCUCCAAAGUCAUCACCUCCAAAACCUUCAUAUCCACCAAAGUCAUCACCUCCAAAGCCUUCAUAUCCACCAAAGUCACCUCCUAAUGCGCCAACACCAAAUAACUCUGCAUACCCACCAAAGCCGAGCAAGAUUCCACCGGCUCAGCCACCAAAACCUUAUCCCUCUAAGCCAGGCAAGAAUUCUCCGGCCCAACCACCAAAACCCUAUUCAAAACCUCCGCCAACUACGCCUUACCCCGGCUCACCACUGGCGCAGCCGCCCACCUUCCACGGCUAUGCGCCGGCCCCGCCCACUUUUGGGCCGCCUUCGCCUACCAUCAACGGCGUCCCGCCUUCCUCUGACAUCUCGACACCACCUUCGGGAGGCAACCACACCACUGUUAUAGCAGUAUGCGUCUCCCUCGGCGGUGGUUUUUUCCUGGCAUUCAUCUUGGUUGGCCUCUUCUGCCUCGCUAAGAAAAAGAAGAAGCCAGUUUUGAUCCCCGCCGCAGCUGCCUGUGCAUCAUCAUCAGACUCCGAUGAAGAGAGUGGCCAUGGAACCGCUGGUCAUGGAGCCGCCGCCGGCGCAGCCGUUGGUGGAGGAUCUUCCAACCGCUCAUCAGGCCAUGGUUCAGGACAUCAACGAAGUAGCUACUAA